UGAGUCCUCCCCCUCCUCCUCCUCCUCCUCUUCCUCUCUCUGAGUACACCCAGGUGAGCAGAGCUAAGGGUGUGGCUCACACAAAAAUCCAGCAGCUAGACUCCUCUCCUUUUCAUUCUUCUUCCCACGGGUUCAGGAGACGGUGUCACUCUCGAGCAGGGAACUUUUGUGUUUGGACUUAUCCUCUUAAAGAACAACUGAAUCUGAAGCCAUGGGGGGACUACAGUGCAUCAAGUACCUGAUGUUUAUAUUCAACUUUCUCUUCUGGCUGGCAGGUACUGCAGUGCUUGCUGUCGGUCUAUGGCUGCGUUUCGACUCCAGGACAGUCGGACUGUUUGAAGGAGAUGAGUCGCCGACAGUCUUCUUCACUGGAGUGUACAUCCUCAUCGCAGCGGGGGCGCUCAUGAUGGUCGUCGGCUUCCUGGGAUGCUGCGGUGCCAUCAAAGAGUCGCCGUGCAUGCUGGGAUUGUUCUUCUUCUUCCUGCUCAUCAUCUUCGCCGUGGAGGUGGCCGCUGGGAUCUGGGGACUCUCCAACAAAGACAGAGUGGUGGAGGAGGUGACGGAGUUUUACAAGCAGACCUACACCAACUACAAAGACACGAGGCAGGAAGCGCUGAAGGAGACUCUGAGGCUCAUCCACUUUGGACUGGACUGCUGCGGGCCGACAGGGACGGUGAUCGAUGCCCUUAGAGACAUCUGCCCCAAGAAGGAGGGACUGGAGGUCCUCAUCACCACGAGUUGUCCCGCCGCCAUCGAUGAGAUGUUCAACAACAAACUGCACAUCAUCGGCGGGGUCGGCAUUGGUAUCGGCGUCAUCAUGAUCUUCGGGAUGAUCUUCAGCAUGAUGCUCUGCUGUGCCAUCAAGCGGUCCAGGGACUACGUCUGAUCCUCCUCCUCCUCCUCCUCCUCCAUCUUUAACUUAUGUGUCCCGUGUUCCUAACCUCCGUUUAGAGUAAUCAGUUAGUUCAGCCUCAGUUUGGAUCCGUACAGGAGGAAGCACCGACCUGUGAGAGUACGGAACCUGUUCAACAACGCUUCUUCAUCUCUGCAGACUUUCUGCCUCCUCUUCAUCCCAACAGAACACAGAGCAGGCUGGUCUGCAGGAAAGAGAGACUUCUGUGCCUCUGCUGCCCCCUAGAGGUCUACCCCUGUCAUUAAUCCCUGUAGUCCACGCUUUAGUUCAGAUUAUGUGGAUGUUUAAUCUCACCUGCAGGUUUAUUUUUGCAGCUAACAGGAUUUUUAUCACGUGACUCUUUUUUUAUUUUAAUUUGUGGAUCCUGAUGUCGCACGUUAAGAAGCUUUGGUUUUUAUAAAAAGCAGAAUUUGGAGUUUUAUGCAAAUAUUUUGAUGAAUGCAGUUCAGAUGAAAUAUCUUUACAAUGCCAAAUAAAUGAACUAAUGAUGAACUGA